AUGUCGGUCUCGGAGAAAACCAUUAUAGCCAUACCUGAUCCCGCUGUGGUGAAGAUGGAGCCUAGUUCUCCCACCUCCAGCGAGGUUACCCUCACAGAUGGCGCCAAGGACCUUGAGAAAACAUUGUCCAAGUCUAUGGGAUCAUCGAUUGACAGCGGCUCAGGUCAGACCCCGGCUGAUCUUGAGGCCCAAACGGUUCUUCCAGAAAGGAGGCGUUUCGCCCAAUUGCGCUUUACCAUUCUUACCAUAUAUCGACGGCUCUUCUCACUGGUCUUCUUGGCCAAUGUGGGUGUGUUUGUGGCUGUCAUGCUCACGGACCGCAAGCUAGUUGCCCUGGUCAAUGCAACGGCGGCCAAUUUACUAGCCUGUGGUCUCGCCCGACAACCCCUUGUCGUUAAUAGUAUUUUCUUUGUGGUGUGUUCAAUUCCGCGAUCGGCACCAAUUACCUUGCGUCGAUGGGCCGCGCAAGUCUACCACUAUGGUGGCGUUCAUAGCGGGUGUGGAGUUGCUUCGUUAAUCUGGUACAUUGCCUUUGUUGGCCUGAUGUCGUACCAGUACUGGACGCCAUCUCCGACUAGCGGCGCACCAGCCGUCAGCAUUUCAGCCGCCCCCGUUGCAGUGGCUUACAUCAUUCUGCUUCUGUUGUUGGCGAUCACCGUUGUGGCCCAUCCCACAUUUCGGACUAAAUUUCACGAUUAUUUUGAACUGAUCCACCGUUUCUCGGGGUGGCUUGUCGUAGCUCUGUUCAUGGUCUUGUUGAUGCUCUUCGCUAAGGAGUUCAGCUCGGCCGAGCACAUGUCCCUCGGAAAUUUCCUUGUUCAGCUCCCAGCUUUCUGGUUCCUCCUUAUCACCGUUGUCGCAAUUAUUCAGCCCUGGUUGAUGCUGCGCAAGGUUCCGGUUCGUGCCGAGAAACUUUCCAACCAUGCCGUUCGCUUGCACUUUGACUAUCAACAAACUUCUUUCGGCAAGGGCAUUCAACUCGCCAAGCAUCCCCUUCGAGACUGGCAUGGGUUCGCCACUUUCCCUGAUGCGUUGCCGUCGGGCACCCAGGGUCAGCCCAGUUUCUCAACCCUUGUCUCCAAGGCCGGUGAUUGGACGAGUGACAGCAUCAAUCAACCGCCAACGCACUUCUGGAAGCGUGGUGUGCUGAUCUUUGGCUUUGCAUAUGCCAUGCGAGUGUUCAAACGGGUUAUUGUCGUGACCACUGGUUCGGGCAUCGGACCAUGUCUGUCAUUCCUAGGCGAUGACAACCGACCCGUGCUGCGAGUGAUGUGGCAGACCCGUUCCCCACUUAAAACAUAUGGAUCUGGGGUUCUCCGUCUUGUGGAUCAAAUGGAUGAACACCCCAUCAUUCUGGAUACUGACCAAUUGGGUCGUAUUGAUAUGGUACCCAUCAUCGCACGUCAGUUCAAGGAGUUCGGUGCUGAAGCGGUCUGUGUGGUUAGCAACCCUAAGCUGACUGGACGAAUUGUUCAUGAACUUGAGGCGAGAGGUUACCCUGCCUUUGGGCCGAUUUUCGAUUCUUGA